AUGGUUUUCGAUCACGAUCUGUCAUGACCACUUCACCGGAACCCAAGAAACGGCGGUUUUUUCUAGAGGCUCCAGAAUCUGCAGACAGCUCCAAUGGUUUAGAAAGCCUUAGUGCACCUCCCGCCUGGGAGGCACUACGGCCAUUGGUGCUUCCAGAAACCGAUGACCAGACUUUGGCGCACCUUUAUCAGCAAUCUAACGGCAAUCUUGAAGCAGCUGCCAAUCUUUUCUGGGAAAGUCAAGUUACAGAACCUGAAGUCAAAACGAAUGUAAUUGAUGUGAAGGAUAACUCGUCGCUAAGCAAUAGUGAAGAAGCAGCUACUUCAAGGUCAGGAUCUUAUGUUGGAGAUAUCAUGAUAAUUGGCUGGUCAAGUAUCAAGGGAAAAAGUCCAAUAGAAGAAGGUGAUAAUAUAGCGCUAGAUCGCGUACGGCCCAACAUGGUCCCUACUAAAAAGGCACGGUUCACGGCAAAAAAUUCAAAGGAAAAUAUAGUGGUACGCCUCAUCACAAGCAAAGGCGUUGAAUUUGGUCGUUUACCUUCCGAAGUGUCUAAAUGGGUCUCAAAAUUACUCGAUUUCGAGGUCUGUAACUUUUAUGGCACCGUUAUAUCUUGCAACCCUGUACUUUCUACUGGCGACGAUAUCAUAGUGCAGCUGAGCUGCUACUUUACCCCAAAGGCUUUCGCAGCUUUUGAUGCUAGCAAUAAAGCACAGCUGUCUAUGCUAGGAAUUCACAGAUCAUCAUCCAAGACGCCUAUAUUUGAUAAAGGCGCCGAAACAGAUUCAGAGCGAUUAAUGAAAGAGCGAAAACUGGCGAUACUAUCAUUGCUCAAAGCAUUGGGUCUUUCUUCAGUACGAUCAUCUCUCUCUAAAACCAACGAAAUCCUUGGCGGCGAAGAAAAAGUCAGAGAGCUAAUCAACCAGUCGGCAGCGCAAGAUGAUCAGCAACAUAGUAAUAGCACGAACGAUGAAGAGGGAGAAUCGUCCGAAGAGGAGGUCAAAGAAGUUUCAGACAAUCGACUGGAUGCAUUGUACGAAAAGGCUCAGAUGAUGGAUUCAAAUUUGGACGAGAUGGAGACUCCUGAAGGCAUUGCGCUAAACUUGCGUUCUUAUCAAAAACAGGCUUUGUCGUGGAUGAUGCGAAAGGAGAAUAUGCACAACAGCUCGAACAACCACACUGGUUCCCUUCACCCUUUAUGGGAGGAAUAUCGGUUUCCAUCCGAUCCAUGGAACACGGCCAGCAUUAUGCACGAAAAGUUUUAUAUAAAUCCUUUCACUGGCGAGAUGAGUUUACAGUUUAAAAGCGCUGAAUCGGCAUGCAGAGGUGGCAUUCUUGCUGACGAAAUGGGUCUUGGAAAAACAAUUGAAAUGUUAAGCAUUGUUCACGCUAAUCGACCCACAAUAUCAAAGGAGCCAACACUUGGUAAACGUUCCCCACCGAGAAACCCCUUCCAGUCAUCAGAAAACUCUUCCAAGCUGCCUUCACCUACCACAUUAAUCGUAUGUCCUAUGUCGCUUUUGGGCCAGUGGCGCGAUGAAUUUCUACGAGGAUCAAAAGAAAACACUUUGAAGGUGGAAGUAUAUUAUGGCACAUCACGAGACUCAAGCCUAGUGAGUCGACUGCAAAGUUGGAAUGGUGCCGCUCCUGACGUUCUCAUAACUACGUAUGGAACUGUUUUAUCUGAAUGGCUUUCUGAUAGCAACACAAAAGAUUUGCAAAGCGGCCUUUAUAGUGUAGAUUUUUGGAGAAUCAUUUUAGACGAAGCACACCAUAUCAAGAACCGAUUGAGUAAGACAUCCAAGGCGUGUUCAGCGUUGAGUGCGAUCCGACGUUGGGUUGUGACGGGCACACCUAUUCAAAACAAACUGGAUGAUCUGUACGCUCUCGUUCACUUUUUAAAGCACGAGCCUUGGUCAAACUACAGUUUCUGGCGAGCCUUCAUCACCAUCCCUUUCCAGAACAAAGAUUUGCGCGCUUACGAUGUUGUGCAAACAGUUCUUGAACCCAUUGUUCUUCGACGUACAAAGACCAUGCGUGACGCUCAGGGGAAUCUACUUGUAACUUUACCGAAAAAGCAGAUCGAUAUUGAAUAUCUGGAUUUUACCCCGGAAGAGCAAGACAUCUACAAUUCUUUGUUCACGGACUCAAAAACCAAGUUUUCCUACUUUUGUGCAGCUGGCAAGGCUCUUAGUAAUUACGCAUCUAUAUUUCAACUUUUAAUGCGGCUACGGCAAGUUUCGUGCCAUCCAUAUCUCGUUGUCAAGGAUGGUAUAGACAAAGAAGUCCUUUCAGCGAGCGGCUCCGUCUCGCUUGAAGAACUCUUAGAAAAGUUUCAAAACAGUACAAGUCUUGAUGCUAAGCCAGGAGAUUCUGCAAGCGACAACAAUACAUACGGUAUAAACGUAUUGCAACGUUUAAAAUCACAGCAGACAGGAGAAGAAGAGGGUGAUUCAGAGUGUGCUAUCUGCUUUGAGAGUGCGGAAAGCGCUGUGCUUAUGCCCUGCAUGCAUAUGGCAUGUAGGGCCUGUGUUCUAGAUUACCUACAGAAAAGAGAAGAUGACGGCCUUCCUGGCGAAUGCCCUAUCUGCCGGCACGGCCCAAUCUCGGAGGCAAACUUGCUAGAAGUAAUCAAGAAGCGAAAGUCCAAUAUUUCGGAUGCAGUUGGAAUGGCUGCAAGCGAUAAAAAGAAAGAAACAGUAACAUUCAAUAUAAGAAGAUCUGACGGGUUCAAGACUUCCAGCAAACUGGAUGCUCUUCUUAGACAUUUAAGGCAAACCUUGGGUGAAAAGACUUCUACCGGAGAGCCUAUAAAAUCCGUCGUCUUUUCGCAAUUUACGACGUUUCUCGAUUUGAUCGAAGUAGCUUUGACUAUAGAGGGCAUCCCAUUUACCCGCCUUGAUGGCACGCAAUCACAAUUACAGCGAGAAAAGGCUUUGAAGGAGUUUCGAGAGGGUGAUAUUACAGUCAUGCUGAUCAGCUUGAGAGCUGGUGGAGUUGGAUUGAAUUUGACUUGUGCUUCCAAAGUUUACAUGAUGGACCCAUGGUGGAACUUUGCUACGGAAGCCCAGGCGAUCGACCGUGUACAUAGACUAGGGCAAAAGCAAGAAGUCACUGUGAAGCGUUUUAUCAUGCGUUCAACCGUGGAGGAGAAGAUUCUGGCAAUCCAGGAACGAAAAAGUGUAAGUGUACUGAGAUGAGCACCUCGGAAGAUGACCACACUUUACUAACCGACAUUUCGUUAGGUGCUUGCAAAUGGAUUAUACUCCGGCAAGGAUGAAAAGCGCACAUUAGACGACCUUCACAUUUUGUUUGGUGAUAAACCUGUUUAAAGUAAAGAAUACCAUAAUAAAAGUCGAGAAUUUGUCCCUGUCAUUUCAA